AUGUUUGAGAUGCUGUUGAAAUCGUAUCAGCUGGCAACAUGUCUCGGACACAUCAAAACCCCCCUUCCCCCGCUCUUGCCGGCUCCGACUUUCGCAGAGCUUCGUGUUCAGCAUGAUGACACAAAGUUCUCACCAGUCAAGCUGCCGACUGCAGGGACCAAUCUUGUCUACUAUCUGGACUCGCAGGUACUGCCAACCUGGUCCAACUUGGAUGAUAGCAUACGAAGAGCUAGUCGCAUUAAUGUUGCUUCGCUGCAACAUGGCAGUCGGGCAGAGCAUGGAGUCAUCCAGGUCUACUACUGCCCCUCAACUUCUCAUCAUCCCACACUUAUCCCGGCCCGAGACCAUGGCAAUUCGGACUUCUGUCCUGGCCAGGAAGCAAACCAUUGCCUUGAGUUGACCUCCAUACUUUGCUUGCCACCAAGGAUUUGUCAGCCACACCAAGUUCCAUCGAUCUCACCUUUCGAUUUAGCUGAACGGCAGCCGGGGGCUGAUUACUCGCCAACGCAGACUAUCAACCCUGCACUGAUAUUUCCGAAUCUUCCGACAAGUAGUUCCGACUUCUUGGGUCUUACAGGAAACCCUGACGCAAAUGAUGAAGCCAAUACCAUUCCCUCUCUUACCAGUAUCUCCUUUGACCAGUCACCAGAGCAAUGGCAGAAAACCCAUGAGACCAACGUGGGUAUGAAAGACCCUUCACAGCAAGACCUCAACGUCUAUAUCAAGCAGCCUAGGCAUCUAUCGAAUGCAAAAGAACAGGAGCUUAAUACGCACACGAGAAAAUUCAAGUGCAAAAUUAUUGGCUGCACAAUGGGCUUCAAGCGUCAGGAUCACCUCGAGCGCCAUUCAAGGAGUCAUUCGAAGGAAAAGCCGUUUGUCUGCUGGGUACCUGGAUGUCACCGUAGCUUUUCACGCCGCGACAAUCUCAAAGCCCAUUGUACGAAGACACAUGCGAGACCCGGUGGUCGCAACCGCUAUGUUGCUUCCCUCGACAAGAUGAGUCCCGACUACGAUCCAGAGUUCCGUGGUCCGCUGUCAUUUGACGGGCGUCCGCUCUGA